ACCACAGUUAUUCCAAUUGUAGGAUCUCUAAUUAUUAGUGUUUGCUCACGCGACACCUCCGCCCCCUCCGCACACGCCAUGGCUACCGGUCCUGGUCCUCGAAAUACUGCACCGCUGCCUUCCUCCUUCGACGAAAAUGCCGACUUCUACAACGAAAACACGAUCGACAAGAUCUGGCGCCGCUUCCGUGAGGAGCCCCUCGUCCCUCUUGGCUGCGGCCUCACAGUAUGGGCCAUUGUCGGCGCAACACGUUCCAUGCGACAAGGCGACCAUAAGAUGACAAAUAUGUACUUCCGUCGCCGUCUCUAUGCCCAGGCCUUCACAAUUGCUGUGCUCGUCGCAGGAAAUCUGUACUGGAAGAAGGAUCGCAUGAAGAGAAAGGACUAUGAGAAGAUGGUGGCGGAGAAGGACAGGAUGGACAAGAGAGGAAGGUGGUUAAAGGAAUUGGAGAUGCGUGAUGAGGAAGACAAGGCAUGGAAAGACAGGAUGGCAAAGAGGACUAGAGGUGCGACAGAGGAGGCCAAGGGCGUCACAGACCUAGUUGCAGAGAAGACAAAAGAGCUCAAAGAUCAGGUCGUGAAUGGCAAGUAAGCUCAGCCAUUGGAAGAGUUGGCAGACAUUCCAAAAUUUAGAGGCGCACAUAGGCGACAAGAGUCGUUGGUCGUUGUAGCACUCAAGCUAUUCCGGAAACCCACUUGGCUAUUUACAUGUUCUAGUAUUGUAAUAUACGUAGUAGGUAUGAGAAAGGG